AGCUCUGCUCCACCCGCCCGUCGGCCGGCAUUGAUGCGCGGCGAGGCGAGCGUGUCAUGAGGAAGCUGUGCCCGAACCUGGACCGCGACGACUCCCUGGACACCGUGCUGGAGGUGCCCAUCCCCGAUGAGAUGCUCAUCAACGCCCCCGGCGCCGACAAGCGGCGCGGCGCCGGGGGCGCCAACAUGCGCGCCUGGCUCAAGAACCAGGCCUUCGACCGCGCCACCGUCGACGGGGCCGCCCCCGCGACCGCCGAGCUCCAGCUCUUCCUCAACGUCGUCGGCUCGCCGCUCAUCCCCUGCCCCGUCCCGCACGACCGCGCCUUCAGCCGCUCCAUCCGCGACUCCUCCAUCCAAGCGUCGACGGCCAAGUACAUCAUCCAGCAGUACAUCGCGGCGACGGGCGGGCAGGCGGCACUGCAGGGGGUGCGGAGCAUGUACGCCGUGGGGAAGGUGCGGAUGUGCGCGUCCGAGUUCCACCUCGGCGACCAGACCGUCACCGCCGCCCAGGGCCGCGCCGAGGUCGGCGGCUUCGUGCUCUGGCAGAAGACCCCCGAGGUGUGGUUCUUCGAGCUCAUCAUGGGCGGCCACAAGAUGAGCGCCGGCAGCGACGGCAAGGUCGCGUGGCGCCAGUCCGCCGCCGACCAGUCCCACGCCUCCCGCGGCCCGCCGCGCCCUCUCCGCCGCUCCCUCCAGGGCCUGGAUCCGCGCUCCAUCGCCAACCUCUUCUCCGACGCGGUGUGCAUCGGCGAGAAGAUCCUCAACGGCGAGGAGUGCUUCAUCCUGAAGCUGGAGGCCGGCGCGAUGACGCUGCGGGCUCGGAGCGCGCCAGCGUUUGACAUCAUCCACCACACGGUGUGGGGCUACUUCAGCCAGCGCACGGGGCUGCUCAUCCAGCUCGAGGAUUCCCACCUGCUCCGCAUGAAGUCCGGCAAGGGCGCCCGCCGCAGCGAGAACAUCUUCUGGGAGACCAGCAUGGAGUCCGUCAUCUCCGACUACCGGUACAUCGACGGCAUCAACAUCGCGCACGGCGGCCACACCACCGUCACCCUCUUCCGCUACGGCGAGGGCUCCGUCAACCACAAGCGGAAGCUGGAGGAGACGUGGACGGUCGAGGAGGCAGACUUCAACGUGCACGGCCUCACGACGGACUACUUCCUGCCGCCGGCCGACCUCAAGAAGGACGUCGACAGCCAGAAUAAGUGAUCGGCUAGUGUUCGGUUGAUUCUUUGCUAUCAGCCAGGACAUGAAAUUCACCCAGGCAAAAAUUUUGAUAGGGGUGGCGGUAGUUCUAUGUU